AUGGAGGUCUUGAAGCUGCUGGAAGAUGUUGGAAACAACGUACUCAAGAGUCUCGACAGCGAGAAGGAGUUCUUGACCGCGUUGAAGGGAUUGCGGAACGGAUUGGUGUAAGCUGCCUUUUCUAGUUGGUUUAGGAGUUGGUCUAGUUGAAAUUAUUGAAGAAAUGUUCAGCUAUUUAACUCUUCAAACCUUAUUAGUUGUUCAAUUACACUUUUAUUAUACAUGCUUAUAUUCUCACAAUGAUAGCUUGACAGUUCUUUUCAGUUUACCUAGUAAUUCUACCACUUUUUAGCUACGGAGCCCGCAUCAGAGCUCCCCAUGCCCUGGUUAUGGUAUUCCUUUUCGGCAGAGGCUCUAUUGUGGCAAGGCUAAAGACAGUACUAAAAUUGACAAAAACCCAUGCCUGGAACCUAGGACGGUUCGUAUUUGGCUACAAGUUAUUGUUGGCAGUUCUCAAAAAACUAGAAGGUGAAAAAAAUCAGCUACACUCAUUCGUGGCAGCUUUCUCAGUCGGAUACUUGAUCUUUGGCAAAGAAAACGGAGUCAAUACUCAGGUAAGUAUCAUCAGCAUGAUUUUUCUGACCUACUGUAACAUUUGAAAAGUUAAAUUAUAAAAUGAGUACCACAUGUUAUGUUUCAGAUCAACCUCUACCUCCUAUCGCGUAUUAUCUACGGCCUUGUCAAGUUAGGAGCUGAAAACGGUAUAGUACCUACUCCAAACUUCAAGGUCUUCCCUUGGUUCGCGGCCGUUUUGUGGGGUACUGUAUUGUGGAUGUUCGAGUACCAUCAACACGUACUACAGAGCUCACUACAAUCCUCCAUGACCUACUUGUACCAUGAUUCCGACUUCUGGACCAACAUUCGAAACUUUCUGGUUGUAAAUAAGUAA